UGGUGAGCAGCAGCAGAAGCAAAUAAAGGAACUAAAAGCAAGAAUCAAAGUCAGGGAGGGUACAGGAAGUUUCAUUGGGCUGUUUUGCAACUUUAUGCACUGUUUUUGCAAAAGAAAGAAGGACUCCAGAGUUGGUUAGUCACACCAGAGGCUGAGGAGUUCACCGACAGCAUGGGCGACCAGAACCUAAACGGCCAAGUGCCUCUCGUUGAAGAAACCAAGGUGAAGGUGCUGUUUGAGACCCAAGCAUCACUGGGGCCCGACGCCAGAGCCGACUACCCUCCCGCCGGGGCAAACUCCAUCUACUCUGCAAUUCUGAGCAGAAAUGAGGCCGUCAAAGACGCCAAGCGCCUCAAGACCUUCCUGGAGCUGCGAGACAAAUACGUGAAGAAGAAGGUGGUGUUUGAAGACCCGCUGUUUCCCGCAGAUGACUCGACGCUCUUCUACAGCAACAAACCUUCGAUGAAGUUCGAGUGGAAGCGGCCCUCGGAAAUUUGUGAAAACCCCCAGUUCAUCGUAGACGGAGCCAACAGGACGGACAUCUGUCAAGGAAAACUGGGUGACUGCUGGCUGCUGGCUGCCAUCGCCUGCCUGACGCUGAACGAGAAGCUGCUGUACAGAGUGAUUCCUCAGGACCAGAGCUUCACCGAAAACUACGCCGGCAUCUUCCACUUCCAGUUCUGGCGUUAUGGCGAAUGGAUCGACGUCGUCGUGGACGACCGCCUUCCCACCUGCAACAACGAGCUGGUUUUCACCAAAUCCUUCAGGAAGAACGAGUUCUGGAGCGCUCUUCUGGAAAAGGCUUACGCCAAGUUGCACGGGUCUUAUGAGGCUCUGAAAGGGGGCAACACUUUGGAAGCCAUGGAGGAUUUCACAGGUGGAGUUACCGAGUUCUUCGAGCUGUCCGAGGCGCCCAAAGAGCUGUACACGAUCAUGAGGAAGGCGCUGGAGAGAGGCUCGCUGAUGGGCUGCUCCAUAGACGUUUUUAGCGCCAGUGAGAUGGAGUCUCGGACCGAGCAGGGCCUGGUCAGGGGUCAUGCCUACUCCAUCAUCGGCCUGGAAGAGUGUGACGAGGUGUCAAAGGACACCAAAAUUCGUCUGAUCCGUCUGCGUAAUCCCUGGGGUUUUGUGCUCUGGAAGGGACCCUGGAGUGCAAACUCCAAUGAGUGGUCGACCAUUUCUGCUGCAGACAAGGACAACCUGAAAAAACAGACCGUAGAGACGAGUGAGUUCUGGAUGUCCUUUGACGAUUUCAAGAAGAACUUCACCAAGCUGGAGAUGUGCAACCUGACGCCCGACGCGCUGCAGGGAGAGCACAGACACAGCUGGACGGUGUCGGUCAACGAGGGUCGCUGGGUGAGAGGAAGCUCUGCAGGCGGCUGCAGGAACUUCCCAGACACGUUCUGGACAAACCCUCAGUAUCGGCUGCAGCUGUACGAGGAGGACGACGACCCGGAGGAUGAGAAGGUGGCCUGCACCGUCGUGGUGGCUCUGAUGCAGAAAGGACGGAGGAUGCAGCGACAUCAAGGGGCCCGAUUCCUCACCAUUGGGUUUUCCAUCUAUGAGGUGCCGAAGGAGAUGCGUGGACAGAACCAGCACCUGCAGAAGGACUUCUUCCUCUACACAGCCUCCAAGGCCAAAUGCAAAACCUACAUCAACCUGCGGGAGGUGACGGAGCGUUUCCGUCUGCCUCCCGGAGAGUACGUCAUCAUCCCCACCACGUUUCAGUCCCACCAGGACGGAGAGUUCAUCCUCAGGGUGUUCUCUGAGAAGAGGAGCACGUCUGAGGAAGCAGAGAGCUCCAUCGGAUCCGACCAAAUACAGCAAGACAAGAUUAAGAAAGAGAAGCCUAUUGUAUUUGUGUCAGACAGAGCGCGAGCCAAUAAGGAAAUCGAGCACGACGGCAUUCUGGGGGAGAAGAGGAAGAAACCAAAGCGAAAACUGUUGGAACCCGAGGAAGAGACCGAGGAGGAAAAACAGUUCAGGGCCAUCUACCAGCAGAUUGCUGGUGAGGACAUGCAGAUCUGCGCCAACGAGCUCAAGACCGUCAUGAGGAACGUGCUCGCCAAACAUAGCGAAAUAAAGACGGAAGGCUUCAGCCUGGAGACGUGCCGGAGUAUGAUCGCCUUGAUGGACACUGACGGCACAGGGAAGCUGAAUCUGCAGGAGUUCAAACACCUGUGGAGAAAGAUCAAGGAGUGGCAGGUCAUCUUCAAACGUUACGAUAAAGACAAGUCCUGCUCCAUCAGCAGCUUCGAGAUGAGGAACGCCGUGAACGAUGCAGGGCUUCACCUCAACAAACAGCUGUACGACAUCAUAGCCAUGCGCUACGCGGACGAACACCUCAACAUCGACUUCGACAGUUACAUCUGCUGCUUUGUGAGACUGGAGGGCAUGUUCAGAGCUUUCAAUGCCUUUGACAAAGACGGAGAUGGAAUCAUAAAGCUCAACGUCCUGGAGUGGCUUCAGCUGACCAUGUAUUCCUAAAGCAACUUCUCGUCGUGUGACUCUGUCACGACAGAAAUCAAAACGUAUUUUUGCACAGGUGUGGCGUGAACAGCGGGUUCGUGAUGUGAAAACGAGAGGUUUCAUUGCUUCUCUUGUAUUAUAUUUAGUUUUCAGUCAUCCCUCAGGUAUUCAUGGUUGAAUUGAAGCUCAACUUUAGUUUGAAAUCUUUUCAAAGAUUAAAAAAAAUAAAUAAAUCAGUUUUCUCGGCUCUGCAGCGCUGAAGAGUUGAAUUUGAUGAUUGGUGCUGUGAAAGAAAACGAAUGAGCGUUUUGUUCCAGAAAUCUUUACAGACAUACUUAAUGUAUAUUGUUUUUAAAAUAAAGCGGAGGUGAACGCUGUAAA